CGAUGACCUGGAGAGCCUGGUGAAGGUCCUUUAGGUCACGUCAGUCACCACGGCAGGUCGUAGUCCUCGGUCCCCCAGGCAGCAUGAACGCAGCCCAGAGACUUGGUGCUCAGGAGCUCCAGCUGGAGCAGCCCCAUGCCAGAGCUGGCGCUGGGACCCAGGCGUCCGGGUUCCCCGCUGUCGUUCACUUGGGGAUGGAGGGAGGGAGAGAAGAGGUGUCCGCGUUGGCUCACUGUGCCUUUCCGUCCUGCAGCGGGGUGAUCGGCAGCGGCCUCUGCAUCUUCUCCAGGUUCCCCAUCCUGGACACGUUCCUCUACCAGUACUCGCUGAACGGCUACCCCUACAUGCUCCAGCACGGAGACUGGUUCUGCGGCAAAUCCGUAGGGCUCGUCGUUAUUAAGAUCUCUGGGAUCAUCUUCAACAUCUACGUGACCCACGUGAGCGUCCCGGGAAGGACCCGGCGUGGCAGGGGAAUGGGGGGACGGGAUGGAUGGGCUCUCUGCCCGCGGGGGACCAGCCAGACUGGGAUUUUGGGGUUUAGCUGCUUGGGCAUCCUGCAGUCCUGCUGGGAAAGCUGA